AUGGCAACAAACGAAGCUUCUCGGUUGUCACCUGAGGAUAUGGAGAUUUUUUACAAACGUAAGGCGCAAUCAAUUUAUGCACAAGCGCAAUCGAUUGAACGGGCAAUCGAAGGCGAAAAAAUUAAUCCAUUCACCGAAGUAGAUUUAAAGGUACGGUUGGAGUGCCUCGAACAUAUUUCCAGCACGUUUAACUUGGCUCAUGACAGCUUGGAGGAGCUCAAUUUUGACGAAAUCGGCGGAGCACUGCGUUCAAAUUUUGAAGAGCUACUCCUUUUACUUCGGUGUCGCAUACGGCGUGAGAUUCAUAAACGUCAAUCUCAAAUGCCAUCCUGUUCAACCAUGCGGCACGAUCCGGUUUUGGAAGGGCAAACAGUUGUUUUGCAAAGUCGACCACGUUUGCCUGAGCUCAGACUGCCUACAUUCAGUGGAGGAUAUACGGAAUACACAGAUUUCUUUUCCUUGUUUUCAACCGUUAUAGACAAGGAUCCGGACCUCACGGAUGUCGAGAAGUUGCAGCACCUACGUUCAAAUCUGAAGGGUCCAGCUCUGGAUGCAAUUCGUUCGUUGGAGAUGAGUGGCAACAACUACUCUGUGGCUCUAGAUUUGCUUAAUAAAAGAUUCAAUAAUAAGCGUCUUAUUUUUCAGGCACACAUCACUGAGAUUAUGGGCAUUAAAAAGGUGGACACUUCGUCAGCGGUGAAGCUUCGUGAAUUAUCCGACAAGGUAAAUGCAAACCUGCGCGCCCUACGCACCAUGGGGAAUUCGGAGCAAAUAGCGGGGUGUAUAAUCGUACACACUCUUCUGCAAAAAGUCGACAAUAUCACGCAGGCAAAUUGGGAGGAAGCUGCACCGUUAGAUCUCAUACCCUCAUGGGAGCAGUUUACAAGUUUCCUGGAGAAGCGUUGUCAAAGGCUGGAGAAUGCAGAACAUUCCAUGGCAGCGUAUACUCGUGGCUCUCAGCACCACAGUCUGCUACAUAUCGACUCCUCUUCUUCACUAAUGUCGUCACAAGGUCCUGCAUCUUCAGUGCAAGCAUCCUCCCAAUUAGCACCUCCAAACACCUCUAAGCUUGUUUCAACUUCAGUCGCACACCACACCUUGGCUGCAAUCUCACGAACAACGUCAAUUGUUACAUCUGCUCAGAAUCUCAGUCCUGAUGUUGUGCUUCUAGCCACUGCUGUCAUCAACGUUAAGAACAGCGCAGGUACAUGGGUACCAUGUCGUGCACUGCUCGACUCAGGGUCGCAGUUGCAUAUUAUUACGUCUCGUCUUGCUCAUCAACUGCAGUUGCGAAAAACCAAGUCAUCCACCUACGUAUCGGGUCUUGGUAAUGCAAACUUCGCCUCUGAUGGUUUGACUGUCAAUAUUAAUAUUCAGUCUCAAAACUCAAAGUACUCUACCUGCAUUACAGCGUUGGUUGCUCCUAACAUAACGGACAAUCAACCCUCUUUUACUUUGGAUAUUUCUCAUUGGAAAAUACCGUCGAACAUUUGUUUAGCAGAUCGGGGUUUUUUCAAGUCGCAACGAAUAGACAUGCUCAUUGGAGCCAGCCUCUUCUAUGAUCUCUUAUGCAUUGGACAAAUAAAGUUAGCUCACGGUCUACCGUGCCUACAGAAAACUAGGUUAGGAUGGGUUGUAACAGGUGGUGAAUCGCAGCGGCAAAGGGGAGCAAUAUUGGCCGCACAGUCAUCACUUGACAUAGGUUACGAAUCCAAUGUUCAAAUCGAUCAACUAGUACGUAGAUUUUGGGAGGUUGAAAGUUGCUGUGAAUCUGUCGCCACAUACUCCAAGGAAGAGCUCGACUGCGAGGCGCAUUUUAAGGCCAAUUAUAUGCGCUUGUCUACAGGGAACUAUUCGGUCCGGCUACCAGCAAAAUUUAAUAUUGAUCUCUUGGGUGACUCUUAUCAACAAGCGUUUCGUCGUUUUCUUAAUCUAGAGCGAAAAUUGGAGCGCCACCCACAGCGGAAGGCCCAAUAUGCAGCAUUCAUACGGGAGUAUUUGAAUCUAAAACAUAUGUCACUGGUUACUAAGAACAAUCUGCGGUAUUGCAAAUACUUUCUGCCACAUCACUGUGUUUUGAAGGAAGAGAGCACAAGUACAAAACUCCGCGUUGUAUUCGAUGGCUCUGCGGUUUCAUCUUCUGGAUACUCGUUGAACGACUUGCUUAUGACAGGACCCACCAUACAACCUAAGCUGUUCAACACAUUGCUUCGGUUUAGAACCUUUCCAAUCGCUUUGACGGGUGACAUAUGUAAGAUGUAUCGUUGUGUACGAGUCUCAGAGCCCGAUAGUUAUCUGCAGUGCAUCUUGUGGCGUGACUCCCCACAGCAGCCGGUCAACGUCUUUAAACUUGACACAGUCACUUAUGGUACAAGACCAGCUUCAUUCCUCUCAAUUCGUUCGAUGCACCAGUUAGCCAUUGAUGAACAAACUGUCUACCCCAUAGGCUCAAAAAUAUUAAAGCGCGAUUUUUAUGUCGAUGAUCUUAUUACAGGCGGUGAGUCCAUUCAAGAAGUCAAGGAAAUUAUGAGUCAAACUACAAAGCUGCUGGCAAAAGGAGGAUUCAAGUUGAGAAAGUGGUGCUCCAAUAAUCCUGAAUUGUUGCAGACGAUACCACCUGAUGAUCGAGAAACACUACUUAAGUUCGACGAUGGAAGCGAUAUAACUAAAACACUCGGUUUAACUUGGGAUCCUGCAUCAGAUUGCCUAUUGUUCGCGUUCUCACCAAUGCAGCCUUCAUCAAAACAUUGCAAGCGGUCCAUUUUGUCAACUAUUGCUCGUUUUUAUGACCCACUCGGUCUCAUCGGCCCUAUUAUUUCAAAGGCCAAAAUCUUUCUUCAACAAAUCUGGAAAGAAAGGCUUGACUGGGAUGAAAGUUUGCCUUCAUCACUACAUUCAUCGUGGCUUAGUUUGUGUGCAGAUUUCGGCCGCAUACCGCAAAUAAAGUUUCCCCGUUUGUCAAUCCAGCAGAAUGGCGCCUAUGAAAUUCAUGGUUUUAGUGACGCCAGCAUCGAAGCAUACGGAGCUUGUCUUUACGUCGUGUCAGUCAGUCAAAGAAGAAACCAGGCGCAACUGCUAUGUUCAAAAUCUCGUGUAGCGCCCUUAAAAACUCUUACGGUUCCAAGGCUGGAGUUGUGCGGUGCCUCCCUGUUGGCGCAACUCAUGCAUGAAAUAGCUCAAAUGAAACUUUUCUCGUGUCGAUAUUAUUGUUGGUCUGAUUCGGCGGUGGUGUUAUCCUGGAUCCGCGACGAACCUUCAAGAUUUCAAAUCUUUACAGCUAAUCGCAUAGCCACUAUACAGGAGUUGACUGCGGGUAUGGAAUGGCGCUACGUGCCUACGAAGUUUAACCCAGCUGAUAUUUUAUCCAGAGGUGCAACCUCUAACGACCUCAUUAACUCAUCUCUAUGGCUGCAUGGACCGGAUUUUUUAGCUCAAGAUAAAAACAAUUGGCCAAAGCCUUGCAGUCAAGUCAGUCAACUUCCAGAAAUGCGCAAAAGGGUGUUAUUUGCGACAUCUGAGUACGUCGACAUAACACUCAGGUGUAAAUUCAUAAAUUCAUUUGAAAAAUUACAGCAUGUCUUUGGUUACAUUUAUAAGUUCCAAAAUCGCUUGCGGCUUUCUGGAUUGACUGUUGAUUGCAUACGCCGUGGCACAAAACUACUCCUGCGCACCAUCCAAAGGCUUCACUUCAAAGAGGAUCUCAAAUUCCUUCAAGCCGGUCAAGGUGUGAAGGCAUCUAGUUGCGUUGCGUCGCUCUCACCGUUCAUCGAUAGUUGUGGAUUGCUUCGUGUGGGUGGACGACUGAAAAAUUCAGCUCUCGACUUCGAGGCGCAGCAUCCAGUCAUACUGCCGAGGCGUCAUCCUGUCACUCAGGCAAUCAUUAUGCAUUUUCAUAGGCGCAAUUUGCACGCGGGUCCUCGUUCCCUACUAGCAUACAUUCGGCUGCAGUAUUGGCCUAUUGGCGGACGAAAAACUGUUUCGAACGUUGUCAGCAAAUGCACUCUAUGCUUUCGAGCUAAACCGCACUUAGCGGAACAUAUUAUGGCUGAUCUUCCGGAAGAUAGGGUAAACUCAUCUUAUGCAUUUAUGGUCACAGGCGUCGAUUAUUGUGGACCAUUCCAUUAUAAAAACGAAAUACGCAACAAGCAACCCAUAAAAUGUUACAUUUGCAUAUUCAUAUGUUUCGCCACGAAAGCUGUGCACUUGGAGCUCGUAGCAGACUUAUCAACGAAGGCAUUCUUAAAUGCACUAAAGCGGUUCAUCCUAACGCGUUGUCGCCCCACUCGUAUAUGGUCGGACAACGCAACCAACUUUGUGGGCGCUAAGAAUGAGAUGGCAGAAUUAAAACGUUUAUUCCUGAGCGAUAAUCAUGUGCAAGCAGUUCAUGAAUUUUGUCUAGCCAAUACCAUAGAAUGGCAUUUCAUUCCACCUCGCUCUCCACACUUUGGUGGGCUUUGGGAAGCGGCCGUUAAAACUGCGAAAUAUCAUUUUCAUCGCUCGGUGGGCUCGUCAUUAUUAAACUUCGAUGAACUGCGCACACUUAUUUGCCACAUAGCGGCAAUUAUUAACUCAAGACCUUUGUUUCCACUUUCAGAGAAUCCGGCUGAUUUAGACGUUCUAACUCCAGCUCACUUCAUUGGCACUGCUCCUAUCUCUACUUACGUUGAACCAGAUGUCACGAAGAUUAACUUUAAUCGUUUGGAUCAAUGGCAGCGCGUAUCAUACUACCAGCAGAUAUUUUGGGCACGUUGGCGUGAGGAGUACUUAACUACCUUGCAGCAGCGCUCAAAGUGGCGCACACAGAAUUUCGAACUCUGCAUCAACGACAUAGUUUUAGUAAAGGACGAAAAUCUGCCUCCUCUCAAGUGGCCCCUAGCAAGAGUCACUGAACUAAUAUAUGGAUCAGAUCGUGUGGCACGUGUCGCUGUACUAAAGACUGCAAAUGGAGUCAUCCGAAGAGCCGUCCGAAAGCUAUGCCCAUUGCCAAAACAGGAUGAGGUUGAAAGCCCGAGUCUUCCAACGGGGGGAGGAUGUUUGGUUAUGCCGAAAGUAGCGCAGUCAGCGCAACCAACAUAA